UGGAUAAUGACUUCUUUGAGCAAAUAGGAAUUCACAAUCCCUUAACAAAUUGUUCUUUGGGAAAUCAGUUGGAUUGGUUCAAGAGAAUGUUGCCAUCUCUUUGCCACACUCCUUCAAAUUGCAAAGAAACUGCUAAGGAAUUCUCUGGUUCUAAUGGGUGAAAUAGGAGGGAAUGAUUACAACCAUGCAUUUGAUUCAGGAAGAAACAUAGAAGAGAUCCAAUCAUUUGUACCUCCUGUUAUUAAUGCCAUUGGUUUUGCCAUCAAUGAGUUGAUUGAGCUUGGGGCAGUGACACUCAUGGUUCCACGGAACUUCCCAAUUGGGUGCCGACCAACUUUCUUAACUAAUUUUAUGAGUUCAAAUAAAGAAGCCUACGAUCCUGAAACUGGCUGCCUUAUAUGGUUGAAUGAGUUUGCUAUGUACCACAAUGAUAUGCUUCAGAUAGAACUGAAUCGGAUUCAAAAACUUCAUCCUUAUGCUACGAUUAUCUAUGCAGAUUAUUACAACGCUGCAAUGCGCUUCUUUCGCUCUCCUAUCGAAUACGGGUUUAGUGGAGGAGCUCUCACUGCAUGCUGUGGAGCAAGAGGUCCCUACAAUUUCGACCCAUCUGUGGAGUGUGGGUAUCCAGCAUCAACAGCUUGCGAUGACCCUUCUUCACAUGUUAGCUGGGAUGGUUUACACAUGACAGAGGCAGCUUAUAGAUGGAUUGCCAAAGGGUUAUUACAAGGACCAUACACUGUCCCUCCCAUUAACACCUCAUUCUGUGUUUUCCUUCCUGUGAUCAGUACUAAAUCUUCCAAGUAGCUUGGAGAAUCAUGCUCUCUGUCACAGUUAUUCCUUACACUGAAUAAUGCUUUAUUUGAUGCAAAAUUGGAUCUCAGUGUUGUGCAAUUUGGUUUUUUUAAACGGGUUCUUGGCAAACUUGAAACAAAUUUAACCAAUUGCAGUUGAAACCAUGGUGGAAACCAAAAAUAGUGGAACCCACAUUAAUAAAUAAACGUGAUUAUUAUGAA